AUGGAUUUCCUGCAGCUUACUUCCAUAUCAUCAGCUUUUUCAACCUGUUUGUUUUCCUUCCCUCUCUACAUUAUCAUUGCAUUGGCUACAUCAAUCGGUGCAUAUUUUAUCAUCCAUUUCCAGGACUCUAAGAACUGGAAGGAUUCUCCACCAGGACCUGUGGGAUGGCCCAUAUUAGGGAGCCUUCCUCACUUCCUCAACAAUCGCCUUCAUGAGGACUUGUUUCAUCUGUCCAGAAUCCAUGGCCCGCUCUUUAGCCUGAAACUAGGUUUAAAGCCAGUUGUCGUGAUAUCGUCGCCGGAGAUGGCAUGUAAGACCCUCAAGCAGCAGGAGGCUGUUUUCUCCAGUCGCACCGUCACCGAGGCCAUCCGAGUCAUUACAUAUGAUACCGCUUCCAUUGUAUAUGCUCCCAUGGAUAGUGCACGAUGGAGAGUAAUUAGAAAAAUAUUGAUGGAAAAGCUCUUCUCUGCCAAGGCCUUUGAGGCUUUUGAACCAAUUCGCAAGCAACAGGUUCAUGGGUUGCUCAAGGAGCUCUACUCAACCUCAAUGUCGAGGAAUUCGGUUAACAUUGCAGAGUGGGCCUUCGUGGCCUCAGGCAACAUUGUGAGCAACACAGUAUGCAGUAAGAACCUUUUUGAGAACACAAAAAAGGAAGGGAGAGAGCUAAAACAUACAUUCUGGCAGUUAAUGCAAAUUCUUGGCUCUGUAAACGUUGCUGAUCUCAUCCCAGUACUCAAGCCAUUUGAUCCUCAAGGCCUGAAACGGAGAAUAUUGAAAAUCUUUUGGAGAUUAGAUGCGUUUAUGAAAAUAUCAUCAAGGAGAGAUGUGUUAUUGGAUUAUAGAAGUGACAGAGAUGAUGAAUUAAAAAGCUUAUCCAGAAAGAACAUCAAGGGCAUGCUUGCGGAAAUGUUUGUCGCAGGCACAGAGACUACCUCAAGCACUUUUGAGUGGGGAAUGACAGAGAUCCUAAGAAAACCUGAUGCAUACAAGAAAAUAGUUAUGGAGUUGGACCAAGUGGUUGGGAAGGAUCGGUUUGUUGAAGAGAGUGACAUCUCAAAUCUACCCUACCUUCAAGCAGCAGUAAAAGAAGUUUUCCGGCUCCACCCUGCAGUCCCACUGCUCGUUCCUCGUAGCACGAAUGAGGCGUGUGAGGUUUCCGGUUACCAUAUUCCUAAGGGCUGUAUUGUGUUGGUGAAUGUUUGGGGGAUGGCUAGGGAUCCCAGUGUUUGGGAAGACCCUUGUGAGUUUAAACCCGAAAGGUUUCUUGGGUCAAGCAUUGAUGUGAAAGGCCAUGAUUUUAACCUCAUUCCUUUUGGGAGUGGGAAAAGGUCUUGCAUCGGAUUGCCCCUUGGCCAUCGCAUGGUGCACUUUUACUUAGCUGCACUGCUUCAUGCUUUUGAGUGGGAAUGCCCUGCUGAGAUUGUCGACAAUGUAGAAGAGAGAGUGGGGCUCACAAUUCGAAAAGGAAAGCCUCUCAUUGGCAUUCCUAAACCUAGAUUGUCAAAUUCUGUUUACCUACCGUGA